AUGGUUGGCAUUACUCCGCCAUACUCCUUUACCGCUGUCAGCCAGAAGGACAGGGAUCCGACCUACGACUUUGACCCCAAGGCCGUUACCCGUGCCAGCUACUAUUCCAUCGCCUCUUCAGCGUCAACUCCUGCCCCCAAGCAGCAUGGCCCACUGAUCGACUUCAACAGGCACCCUGAUAGCUACAUCAUCGUGCCCUCUGCCCGUUCCAAUCUCCCGCCUAUGCACCCAAACACAAAGCAAAGGAUCAACACGGCCCGAUGGCUCCAGUUUUCUCUCCGCUUGCUCCAGCUUUUGGGUGCUCUGGGUGCUCUUGUCUGUGUGAUUAUCAUCAGAGGCGUCAAUGAUGUCCAAGGUUGGAUUUUGAGGAUUCCUCCUGCCGUAGAUGCUGUAGUCUGUGCAUAUGCUCUGUACAAUCUUCAGCGUUCGCCCAAGAGACGUCCAGCAACCUCUUCGGCUAGCUACAAUGCCUUCUCCUUCUUCGUUGACAUUGCUCUCAUGCCUUUCUAUGUCUUCAUCGCCUUCUUCUCGGCAAGCAAUUGGCAAAUGGCUCCCGGCCUUGAAGGUCGUUGGUCUACGUUCUUCCACUCGGCCUCUCAGGACGCUAAAGUGCUGGAGUCUGCCUUCUUGAUUGGUAGUGUUGUGGGCGCUUUGCAUCUCUUCAGCAUUCCUAUCGACAUUUUCCUCUUCUCGCGCUUCAAGAAGAUUGCCGAAUAUCCACCGGAUAUGAACCCCCUGGAGGACAAUCUCACCAGCAGGAUCAACCGCAAACACACUUACAAGAGCAGCGACGCAUCAGCCUCCAUGUCUGAGCAAAGACUGGCCAUGUUGAGCGGCAGCUCUCUUAGUCUUAGCAGCCCUACUCGUGUCUCCAACAGAGACUCACUCAUUCCGGAGGCCAAUGUCCGACCCAUGUCUUUCUACAACUCACGCACCAAUCUGGAUGCCACCUAUCCCGGACAUACCAAGGAUUCUGCUCGUCAAUCCAGAUUUGAGUACCAACAACCAGCAUCAGCCUAUGUAUCGCAGGCCAGCAUGCAUCGUACUUCGCAGGCUCAUGAGCGCGAACGUUCCCGCUCUCGCUCUUCACGUCCCCAGUCAUACCAACGCUACGCAAAUCAGAGACCCACCACUCGUGAUUCUGUUCACGACCCAAUGCCAACUCGCCCUCUCUCCUUCAUCACUGCUUCUGAGAACAUGAGCCGCACUGGGACUCCUCAAUCAGGCCGUUCUUCCGAAAAGGACCAACCCGCAAAGGCUUUGACCAACGAUAACUGGUUCGUCCUUGCAGACGAUGAUGCCGACUUGUCUUCUCCUCGCCGUACCCCUGUUCCUGAACUCGUUUCGGAUCGCGACUCUAGUCCCGAGCUCCGUGAGCCUAACGUCACUCAGCUCCGCUUUGCCAGCGAAGAGCACAAGGAACUCCUGCCCCAGCCUCUUCGCACCAACCCUCCCACCCCUCCGAAGCAUUCCUUCGAUGCUGGUGAUUUCUACUUCGAUGAAAUGCCCAAUGGUACCCUUGAACUGGACGACUAUUCCCUACGCCAGGCCCCAUCAAACACAAGCAUCGGUCGUGCUUUGAGCCCUCCCGCCCCUGAGGCUUCUGCCUUGUCCGCCAAGUCAUCCAUCUACUCUCAACACCCAGACGACACAAGCCGCUCGAGCACUCCCAGAACCAAGCGCUACGGCAAUCUGACCCCUGCCAUCACCAAACUUCAGGAACAGACUGUGCCCAGAGGCCAAGGUCGCGUCGUCAGCAGGUCUGGCGUCGACAUUGCUGAUGCGAGCGUAAUGUAUCUCUCAUCUGACGAUCCCUAUGGCGCUCGCGCUCGCAACGUGAGCGGCAAGAUGGCCGAAGAGGGUCUCGGUGGUACUUGGGCUAGAAAAAGACACGUCAGCGGAAAAACUUGA